AUGAGAGAACAAGGUGUUGCGUAUCUUCUUUGGUUAGGUUGUUGUAUUGGAUUGUUUGGAUUGCAUCGUUUCUAUUUGGACUCCUUUAUCUUGGGUAUUGUCUGGUUGGUUACUGGAGGUUUGUUCGGUAUUGGCCAAUUGGUCGAUCUUAUUCUGAUUCCUGGUAUGGUUGAUGGUUGCAAUCUCAAAUAUAACAAUCAAAAGCAAGUUGUCAUUACCACCACUGCUCAACCAGUUAUGGCCCAACAACCUGUCUAUGUCCAACAACCAGUCAUUGUUCAACAACCUAUUGUUGGGUAUGUUCCUCCACAAGCAUACGUUCAACAAACAGUUCAAACUACCACUGUUCAACAACAAUAUUAA